AUGAGCAUGUUUGUGACCCUGGCGGAGGUGCUGGAGUCACGAGGAGCUCCUCUGGAGGAGGACGAGGUCUGGGCUCUCCUCCUCGGCGCUGCUGAAGCCUUGAUGGACAUCUCCAGUAAAGAUCCUGGUAACAUGUGUUGUGUCAUCAGUCCCGGCUCCAUGCUGCUUUCUGCAGACGGCGGCGUUGCCUUCAAGAGCUGCGGCCGAUCUGAGGAGACCGGCUCCUUCGCUUCUCCGGAAAUGUCUCAGAGCAACGCUUGCUCCAGAAGACAGGCCACGGAGAAGAUGGUGGUUUACUCGCUAGGCAUGACUCUUUACUGGACAGUAGAUUAUCAUCUUCCACAAAAUCAGCCCCUCCGGCUCAGCGCCGGCCUGAACGCUCUGCUCCUGAGCAUGUGUGAGGACGCGUCUCCGAAGCGCGCGGAUCUGCUGACGGUGCUGGAGACGAGCGAGCAGCAGCAUCAGAGCGCCGUCCUGCCCCGGCCUCACAGAGCCAUCCGGCAGAUGGCCGAGGACGCUCUGCAGGCUGAAAGAAGCCCAGCUGAUUCCGCUCAUCUUCCAGACCGGAGCCAGAUGAUUAGAGAAAGACUUCGGGGAGCGUGCGGUCAGAACCUGAGAGGAAACAGCACACCGUCGGCUCAAGACUUCUUCAGAGGUCAGAGUUCACAGCUCCGGAGCAGAAACAGCAUGCUCGUGAGCCGAAGCCCCGCUCCGGAGCGCCGCCGUCCCUUCACCUCACGCUCAGACCGGCUCUUCGGCUCCUCGUUUAGCUUCAAUCGACCCAAAACUAAGGAUACGGGCCCCGAGUUCAUCCGAACGCUGGAGGAGCCUCCGGUGCUUUUAGAGCUGCCUAAUUCUAUCGUGUCAAACAAAGGGAGGUGGAGCUCCAGCCGGCGGGACUUGACCGUGCUGAUGCCAAACGGACAGAGCGUUCUGAUCAAGUGUGACGUUAAAUCCCGAGCCGGACACGUCUUUGAUAUGAUCGCCGCUCACGCCAACCUCGUCGAACACUUUUACUUUGGCCUUGCUUAUAGUGACGAUAAUGAAUUCUUCUUUCUUGACAAUGACACUAAAAUGUCCAAAGUGGCCCCCGGAUCCUGGAAUAAAGUGCCCACCGCCACAUUCGUGCUUCACUUCCGCAUCAGAUACUUUGUGAACGACGUCUCUCUUCUUCUACACAGACUGAGUCGUCAUCAGUACUAUCUCCAGCUGAGACGAGACAUCCUGGACGACCGUCUGCCCUGCAACGAGGAGACCUGCCUGUUUCUGGGUGCCUUGGCUCUUCAGGCUGAGUUUGGGGACAGUAUGCCUGAGGUUUAUGGAAAGAACUACUAUCAGCCGGAGCAUUACGUCUCCAAGAGCGUCCUGCAGAAAAUGCCGAUGCCUUGCCUAAAAGAAGAGCUGCUCCGAUUACACGCCGGUAACACACACAUGAGCUCAGACGAGGCCGAGCUGGACUUCCUCAAGAGCGUCCAGCAGCUCCCGGAGUACGGCGUCCUGCUCCACCGCGCCGGCCGCGAGAAGAAGCCCGUGAUCGGAGAGCUGCUGCUGGGAGUCUGUGCCAAAGGAGUCAUCGUGUAUGAAGUGAUUAAUAACUCCCGAACCGCAAGCCUUAGGUUCCACUGGAGAGAGACCGGCAAAAUCACCUGGGCUCGCCGUAAGUUUAUCAUCGAGAGCAGCAGCAGCAGAAAGAAGCACGUCUUUCUGACCGAGAAGUCAAAAGUUGCCAAAUACCUGUGUGAUCUCUGCUCGGCACAGCACAAGUUUCACAAAGAGAUGAGCUCACGGCAGCUCACACACAGCCUCGCUUCAGAGGAGAGCAUCGUUCAGUACGCAGCCGCUGACGACUCCAUGAGCAGGUUCUGUGAGGACGUGGCAACCCGCAUCGAAGCCAAGAUCAAGCAGCAGAGAGACUUACUGGAGCACACGGGAUCUCAAAGUCCAGCUCUCCAGAGAAGCUCCUGCGGCUCUCCGAAGCGUUAUUCUGACGUCCCUUCGAUGUCCUCGCCGUCACGAGACACUCCAACAAGUGCCCGACCCCCAGAGAGGGAAAUAAUCUGCGUUUCCCUUAAAAAGGAUCCUAAAGUCGGUCUCGGUAUUGUAAUCGUUGGAGAAGAAAGCACCGGGAAACUGGACCUCGGGAUCUUUAUCGCAUCUAUCGUUCCUGGAGGCCCGGCCGACCGAGACGGACGCAUCAAAGCAGGUGGUCGUCUGAUCUCUCUGAAUCAGCUCAGUCUGGAGGGCUUGUCCUUCAACGAAGCUGCUGAGAUCAUGCAGAGCAGCUCCAGAGAGGUGGAGCUCAUCGUCUCGCAGCCCAAAGCGGUGUCCAAGCGUGGAGGCGCUGGUCAUCUGGCCGAGAGAAACUACGAGUCUCAGAGCACCAUACGAGCCGACAGUCGAGCAGGAGACGACGAUCUGGACGAGCUGGUCAGCGUCAUGAUGACCCCUAAAGGAACGAACCGGCUGCAUGUUCCCGAGGUCCGCAUCAUAAACGCUCAGGAUGAUUAUUCCAGGUCAACGUCUCUGAACAGCCUCAGGCCUGAAGAGUUUUCUGUGACGCUUCAGAAGUCUGGAGGGAGUCUGGGCCUCGGGAUCGCCGGGGGAGCGAACACGGGCCUCCGCUUCGGAGGGGUCUACAUCAAGAGCCUGCUAACCGGAGGAGCUGCAGAACGAGACGGACGCAUCCAGACAGGAGACAGGCUGUUGGAAGUGGACGGCUCCAGACUACAAGGAUUCACAGAUCAGCAGGCGGCUGAAUGUUUGGCGAGAACAGGAGAGGUGGUGAGUCUGGUGCUGGAGCGGGACGGAGGCUCUGUAAACCCGGUGUUACGGGACACACUGAGCGUCCGCAUGCCCAGCCCGGCAGGGAGCGCGGCGAGGAACAGCUGCCCGGCCAUCACCAUGACCAGACCCUUCGGCCUCAAGCCCAGAGACUACAGCUUCGUGUCCGACGAUAAUGUCCAGGAGGUGACUCUCAAGAAGAGGCUGAGCGGUCUGGGCUUCAGCUUCUUCAUCACGGAGCUGGACACGUCGCUCGACUCCGGCUCCAUCGUAAGAAUCCGGACGCUGUUCCCGGGUCAGGCCGCAGAGGAGAGCGGCAAGAUCCGCGAGGGAGACGUCAUUCUGUCCAUCAACGGAGAGCCGCUGAAGGGACGCUCCCAUCAGCAAGUGCUGCAGUUACUGAGGAGCUCUCCUUCGGAAGUGCAGCUGCUUCUCUGCCGUCCUGCUCCAGGAACACUUCCACCUGUAUCAGAGAAAAUAGGCCAACUGACCUGCAGCUGA